GGCACCCCUGGAGCACAGACGUCUGAGACGCGGACAAGCAUUUUACUAAGAUGGCAUAAACAUGGCAGCAUGGCAAAGGACAUGCUCAGAGACUCUCAGCUUUCCUUCAGGACGGCCGUCCUGCGCGUGGUGGACCUCCCUCUUUCCGUCUUUUCCUCCUUUCCCCAGGUAACGCUAAAUUCGGGCAUUAAGAAGCUGGUGGCCGCUGCUGCCCUCAGUGCCGUCUCUGUACUAUUUCUUGCCCGUCGCUUCAGGAGGAGAAAAGGAAAGAAAAAAGUAUUGAAGGAACUGGGCAAGGUUGACUUUUUUGCUGCACUUCCUCCCUUAAAAGAUGCUGGUGGGGUUCGUCCAAACCUGAGUUUGUCUUUCCACUCAAAGAGCGGACUUCCUCGUCAUGCUGUGUCUAACGGCGGCUUGCACAAUAACCGCUCGGCCUCUCUGCAGAGCCUGACCUCCGUGAAGAGCUUGAACUCAGAGUGCACUAAUGGAUCGAGCUGCUGGGACGGAACAGAAAAUGUUGAUCUCCAAAACAUUGUCACAACCCCUGAGAACCUUUUCCUGAUGGGCAUGGAGCUGUUUGAGGAGGCUUUGCAGCGCUGGGAAGAGGCUCUAAACUUUCGCAGCCGGUUGGCUGAUGACGAGGAUGAGUGUGCCUCGGUUAAAUUGGGGGCUGGAGACGCCAUCGCUGAGGAGAACUUGGAGGACAUCAUUAGUGCCGAGUUCAUCCGUAAGCUGGAGUCUCUGUUGCAGAGGGCCUAUCGGCUCCAGGAGGAGUUUGAGGGAGCGCUGGGGAUCGCUGACCCCUCUUCACACCCCAAAGCAGAGAAAAACCCAGAAUGCUUAGAGAGGGACGAUUUGGACGACUCAUGUUGGAGAGACUCGGCCAGCAUCGCCUCCAACGACUCCUUUGUGUCUGCCGCCGAGCUGUCUGAGCAGAAGAGUGCCCUGGGUUUCGGCUCUCUCUGCCGUAAUCCGUUCUACGAGGAGGCUUUGCAGUUAGCCGAGGAUGGAAAGAUCUCCUGUAGAGUUCUCCGAACUGAGAUGCUUGAAUGCUUUGGGGACACUGAUUUCCUCGCAAAGCUCCACUGCUUACGUCAAGCUUGUCAGGUCAUUCUGGAAGAAAAAGUCAAUCAGAUGUUUCUGGCCGACACCGGAAAGAAGGUCUUGUCCUCAAUCAUUGUCAAAGCGAGAAAGAGCCCCAAAAGAUUUGAGGAGGUGUUUGAGGAGAUGAUUUGCUUCCUGGAGCAGACAGAGCAUUGGGACACGACAGAGGCUGAGCUCUCCACAAGAGGCGUGAAGCAUUUAAACUUCUACGACAUCGUCCUUGACUUCAUCCUGAUGGAUUCGUUCGAAGAUCUGGAGAAUCCGCCUGUCUCCAUCCUGAAUGUCGUUAAUAACCGAUGGCUCAACAAUGCAUUCAAAGAAACCGCUGUUGCAUCAAGUUGCUGGUCUGUUUUGAAGCAGAAGAGACAACAUAUGAAGGUUCAAGACGGCUUUAUUGCACAUUUCUAUGCAGUGUGUGAACACAUCAGUCCAGCAUUAGCAUGGGGCUUCCUGGGGCCUAAAAGUUCCCUGCAUGACUUUUGCCACUUCUUCAAGGAGCAGGUUCUAAUUUUCCUAAAGGACAUAUUCGAUCUGGAGAAGGUCCGCUACUCCAGCUUGGACGCUCUGGCUGAGGAUGUUCUACACCUGCUGCGCCAACGAUCUGAGCUGCUCCUAACCUACCCAGGCACCAACUCGAUCACCCACGCUAACAGCUGCACCAACACCAUGCCACGCCUGCUGCCCGAUUCCCUGCUGGAGACUCGGGUUCAGUGAGCUGCUGCCCGUGAAUCGUUCCUUCAUCCGUCCGUGUACUGUAGUUCUACUGAGUGAGAAGAUAAUCUCCCGGCAUUCAUGAUAGAAGAGCAAGAUGAUUGUGCUUCUGUGUGCUGCUACAUUAGUGAUCCAGUGGAACUCUAUAUUUUUUUGAAUUAUUUAUUGUGUGUUUUUAUGCUUGACUGUUUUAGAACCACAAAACCUUAAAACUCUUGGUUAAAGGUUAAUGAUACACUAUAUGGUCAAAAUUACCACUAUCAUUAUCAAAACUUCAGUCUAAUAAACUAGCCCACCACCACUGUAACUCAAGUCUUGCUGGUGCCACUAGCUGGGAUGGCACAGAUACAGUGGUUUCUCUAUAGGGAACGACAGGCUGGAAUGUAUGGGGAGAAUCUUAGGCCUAGUCAAAGCUCUUCCAAGAGCAGUGGAAGAAUACGGAGAGAGUAGCGUGGUCCUCCAUACAUGUAGAUGCUGGCGAAUGGAAAGAUGUGGACGCUGGUUUUACAUGUGUUAAAGGAGGCGUGUGCUAGUUUUUCUCUCCCUUUCAGCCAGUAUGUGUGUCAGUAUGUGGCAGCCAGCAGUACCCCGCCAAUAUCCCUGCUUGCCAUUGUGCACAAAAAAUGUUGCAUAAAUGGAAAAACAGAAUGACGAAGAAUAUAUGCUAAUGCAGACUGACACUACUAUCGCUGCUUAUGGUGGUUUGAGAUGCUAUGUCAAGAUUUGUUUCCUGUAAUUUGUGGAAAACCUGUGACCUUCACCCUUUUUUUUUUUUUUUAAAUACAGGCUGGAAUUUCCUAGGAUUUUCAAAUUGGAUUUUAACUGUCUAGUUUUGGAUUAUUACAGAUUACAUAUUGGUCAGUUGACCAGUAUUCAUCUGAGUUGCCAGUUUUGAAGUGCAUUUUAGUUGGGUUGCUUCCAUACAGAAUGGGUUAUACUUCAGGGAAGCUGUAGUCUAGUGGUUAAGGUACUGGAUUAGUCAUCAGAAGGUUGCCGGUUCAGGCCCCACCACUGCCAGGUUGCAACUGUUGGGCCCUUGAGCAAGGCCCUUAACCCUCAAUUGCUUAGAUUGUAUACUGUCACAACUGUAAGUCGCUUUGGAUAAAAAGCGUCUGCUAAAUGCCUAAAAUGUAAAUGUCUGGUUAUUGGAUAAAUCCUAUUUAAUUGGCCCAUCGCAGAGAGUUUCACUCAAAACACAAUUUGCUGUGUAUGAGGGCUGAAAGGUUGGACAGGGUUUCGCCUUUUGCCACUGUAACAGUGACUUCUGCUGUCUGGCUAAGGCACCUGCACCAGUAAUAAAGACAAUACAAGGCUUUGCAUGACUCUUUGCAAGAAUCCAUUGCUGGCUGGUGUAAAGAAGCAUCCAAUAACUUCUUUGUGUCAGAGGGGAUGGGUGCUAGUCUGCAACAUGGGGGCAGUGCAAACAGCAGAGGAUUAUUGAUAGGGAAUCAGAAAUGACUGAAUUGGGAGAAAGGGGGGAAGCGAAUAUAAAAUCAUAUAUUUAUGUAAGAAGUUACACAUAUUUGUCUAACUAUUGUACUGCUACAGUGACAAUGGAAAUAAAAAGUAUUUCAUUUCACAGAA